CAUCUUUUGUACCACGACACUCCUUCACUUUUCAAUCGGGACCACACAUACUUGACUUUACACAUCAAUCUGAGUCAAACACGUUCCUCUCUACGCCUCAUUCGAAGUUAAAUAUCAGACAUGUUCGUCUCUACACCACCACCCGAAUCAAACGCUCUCCCUUUCCCACCGCCUCUCGAGUCAAAUACUCUUCCUUUCACUCCUCUGUCCGAACAUCCCAUCCUCGACUCACCAGCUCCCUCCGACCAGGCUAUGCUUACCCCUCAAUCCCCCGUCUCCCGCCACACCCUCGAAGCCCUCCUAACACGCUUCGUCGCCGGCUGGAACACCUGGACCGUCCCGGCCAUCAUCUCGCUGCGCACGCCUACAUGCACACACACCGUCCUCCCACGUUCCAUCGGCACCCGCCCCAUGGAUAACGCCCAGUACGGCCGCUAUCUCACCCGUCUCAAGUCCGUGUUUGCAGACUUCACCCUCGAGCUCGAGAGCUUCGUCAUCGAUCCCUCGGCGCGCUCGUUUAUGCUCUAUGGCCGGGGUAUCGCACACACGCCGAUUGGCACGUAUCGGAAUGAAUAUGCGUGUCGGGUGAGAGCGAGUCCGGAUGGUUCUGCUGUUGAGGAGGUUGUGGAGUUCGUGGACAGCAAGGUUACGGAGGAGUUCUUUGGACGGUUGGGCAGGUUCCGGAAGGCAGCGAGGUUGUAGAUGGGGUAUGUGUUUUGAAAUAAGGGUUGUGCGGUUCUUUGCUGUGGGUUAGCGUAUGCUUGUGUUCGUGUGGCUCUUUUGUUUCUUCGCGGGUAUUGCUAUCAGGGCAUACCAUUGGUUUAUAGAGGAUGGUGGUGACGCAAGUCUCUGUUUUCCCUUUGCAAUUGUACCACUACUAUAAAAGUUUACCUAUGUAUCACUACACGACCACCGCUGAAGCGUCAUUUCUACACUUGCAAGAUGA